AGGAGGAGGAAGAGAUCCGCCAUUUUAGAGCAGACACAUACACACUCGAGUCACUGAUCAUUUAAUGGUGUGUAAGAUUUUCUAAAAGAACAGGGAAUUAAUAGAGUUAUUACGAACAAUCUAAAGAGAGAGGAGGGUUUUCAAAAGUGUUUAAUCCACGGGGGCUGAAGAUGUCUGCCGACAGGAGAGACGAGAAAGAUGGGGAACUGAAUGUCCUGGAAGACAUUUUGACUGAUGCUCCUGACCAGGAUGAUGAGCUCUACAACCCUGAAAGUGAACACCAUAUUAAUGAGAAAAAAGGCUCUAAAAGAAAGCACGAACGAGGAGACAGCCAGGAUGCAAAGCGGCUCAGAGCAUCAGGACACACUACCAGACAGCCAUUAAAGAGAGCUACCCCUUCUUCUGGAUCAAAAAAGACAAGCAAUCUCAGAAGAAGACAUGUAUCAGAAGACCUCUAUGAAGAAAGAAAGAACCAUGCUGGAAGAGGUGGUGCAUCUCGGGCUGAUUUAUCAAAAGGAUAUGGUGAAAAAGGCCUGUCCCGCAGCAGAGACUCCCAGAGACGGAUCAAGCCCCUGCUGCCUGAGCUGACAGAGAAGAUGCAGAGGACUAGUGAGGACAGUACAGGCAGGGCAAGUCACUCCUCCAGAGAGGAAGAAGAAUAUGAAACUGGCAGCUCUGUGGCUUCCUCUGAGGGCAACUGCUCGGAUGUUGAAGAGGAAGGAGCCAUGCAGGAGGAAGGAGAAGAGAAGGAAGCAGAAGAAGAGGAGGAGGAGGAGGAGGAAGAAGAGGAAGGGGAUGAAGAAGAGGAGGAGUAUGAACUGGAGGAGGAGGACCCACGGGAGAGAAAUGAAGAGAAUGACUACGAUACUCGAAGUGAGGCCAGUGAUUCCCAGUCUGAGUCUGUGUCCUUCUCGGAGGGAGAGUCUGUGCAUUCAGCCUCAGGCUCAGAGGCGUCAGGGUCUGAAAAGAAACAUGAGAAACUGUCCUCUUCUAUCAGAGCUGUGAGGAAGGAUCAAACCAGCAAGCUGAAGUAUAUCCUUAAAGAGGCCAGGUUUUUUCUAAUCAAGAGCAACAAUCAUGAGAAUGUAUCCCUGGCUAAAGCAAAGGGUGUUUGGUCCACUUUGCCUGUAAAUGAGAAAAAACUCAAUGCUGCUUUCCGCUCUGCUCGAAGUGUUGUGCUAAUCUUUUCAGUUAGGGAGAGUGGAAAGUUUCAAGGUUUUGCUCGACUCUCGUCUGAAUCUCAACAUGGAGGUUCUCCUAUCCACUGGGUUCUACCUGCAGGCAUCAAUGCCAAGAUGCUUGGAGGAGUCUUCAAGAUUGACUGGAUUUGCAGGCGGGAAUUACCUUUCACAAAAACGGCUCACCUCUCCAACUCAUGGAAUGAGCACAAGCCUGUAAAGAUUGGACGUGAUGGACAGGAGAUCGAAACAGACUGCGGGACACAGCUGUGCAUGCUCUUCCCACCUGAUGAGAGCAUUGACUUGUAUCAAGUCAUUCACAAAAUGCGCCACAAGAAGAGGAUGCACUCAGAGCAUCGAUCUCAGGGCCGACUACCCCACAGAGAGCCCGUCCCUCGGGACAUGGGAAGGCAUCGUCCAGAGGUAUAUGACAUGCACAACCGGAAGCGGCCCAGGAUUGAUUACACACCAGAAUUCCCCCAGAGACCAGGUUUUAUGCAAGACCCUCGCAAUCCACCUGUGGACAGGCGCUUCUCUGGUGUUAGGCGAGAUGUGUUCCUCAACGGAUCCUACCAUGACUAUAUGAGAGAAUUCCACCACAACAUUGGGCCCCCACCACCAUGGCAAGGAAUGGCCCCCUACCCUGGAAUGGAGCAUCCUCCCCAGCACCCGUACUACCAGCAUCAUCCUCCUCCACCCCAGGCCCACCCUCCUUACUCUGGACACCAUCCCAUGCCCCACGAUGCCCGCUUCAGGGAAAAGAGGGUUGUUCGCUCUUUUGCCUCCAGUUUGCAUGACUAUGACAUGCGAGUGGAUGAUUUCCUGAGACGAACACAGGCGGUGGUGAGUGGACGCAGGAGCCGACCACGUGAGCGUGACCGACAGAGAGAGCGUGACCGGCCACGGGACGGGCGUCGGGACAGAGAACGAGAGCGUGGCAGAGAACGGGACCGUGAGAGAGAGCGAAUUCGAGACCGUGAGAGGGAGAAGGAGAGGGGCCGAUACCGGAGAUAGGGGGAAAACGUUUUAAACCUUUUUUUUUUUUUCAUUAGUUUUUUUUCCCACUUUUUUUUUUUUUUUUUUUUUUUUACAGUUCAUCAAAAAAGUAAACCCGAAUCUUUCUGGGCAUUUUUUAUUUUUAUUUUUCUCAAUCUCAGUUAGCAUCAUGCAUGCAAUGCAUUUAAAAUUGAACUGUGAAAACCAAAAAGCAUUUUUAUCCUCAAUUCUUUUUUAUUUUCUAUUUUUAAUCAUUGGUUCUGUAGUUGAUCCUGCAGUUGUUGAGAAGGAGCUUCCUUUACGUUUUUUUUUUUCUUCCCACUUUCAGAUUGUGAGCCAGACUGUGCAUUCCUUACAUGGCUGUUGCAGUUUUUAGGUGUUUGCUAACUCUGCGCUUGUCUUUGUGAUUUCUGUUGUACAUUUAAAUAAGGUCAUAGGUGCCAGUAUUCCAAGGCACAUGGUAUUCAAGGUAUUCCAAUAUGACAAUGUUGUAUCAAGUAUGUUUCUAUAGCUUUGUCUGCCGCCAGGCUUGUUUUGAUUGAGAAGUGGGUAAAUAUUCCCACAUUUGCUUCUUGUCCAGUAAAACAUAAAUGUCAUGAAGGUUUGUAAA